AUGUCAACAUCUUCAUCGCCAUCGAAUAGCCUACCGCUUCAAGGCACAGUUGGGUUAUUUUUAGACAAGGAAGAUAAAACUGAGCAAGCUAAGAAGACUUUUAUAGAAUUGGAAAAAUCUACAUAUGCUCAUAAGCGUCUAGGAAACUCACCUAGUCAUGAAUUUAUGGAGUGUGAUUGUUUUGAAGAAUAUAGAGAUGGAAAAAACCAUGCAUGUGGUGAAACUUCAGACUGUAUAAAUAGGCUUACACUGAUUGAAUGUGUUAAUGAACUCUGUACAUCAUGUGGUGAUAAUUGCCAAAACCAAAGGUUUCAAGGAAGGCAGUAUGCAGAUAUUGCCGUAUUCCAAACAGAAAAAAAAGGUUAUGGGGUAAGAGCUGAGAAAGAUAUUGAAGCUAAUGAAUUUAUUUAUGAGUAUAUUGGAGAGGUGAUAUCUGAAUCUGAGUUUCGUGAAAGAAUGGUGGACUAUGAUGUAAGAGGAUACAAGCACUUUUAUUUCAUGAUGUUACAAACUGGAGAAUUUAUUGAUGCUACUGAAAAAGGUUGUUUGGCUAGGUUCUGUAAUCAUUCAUGUAAUCCUAAUGCAUAUGUUAGUAAAUGGGAUGUUGCAGGCAAACUAAAGAUGGGUAUAUUUGCUAAUAGGAAGAUUUUUAAAGGUGAGGAGAUUACUUUUGAUUAUAAUGUUGAUAGAUAUGGUGCAACAGCACAACCAUGCUAUUGUGAUGAGCCAAAUUGUAUUGGGUUUCUUGGUGGCAAAACCCAAACUGAUGCGGCUUCUUUAUUACCCCAGAAUUAUGCAGACGCACUAGGAGUUAAACCAUCAAUAGAGAAGAAGUGGGUAAAAAUGAAAAAAGCGAAAGGUGAGGAGAUCGAUAAAGGUGAUUCUAAUAAUAUUAAUGUCGAAUUCGUGAAUUCUCUCGAAUUAGAACCAUGUAUUAAAUACAGUGAUGUUAACAAAGUUAUGAGUGUGUUGCUGCAGAUAGAUAAUGAAUUUGUAUGUUCCAAACUACUUCAGCGUUUGCUUCUUACAGAAGACGAAACUAUGUGUUACCAGAUUAUUAAAUUACAUGGUUAUAAAUGUUUUGAUAAGUUGUUGACAAUGUUUGAUGAUGAGGAAACCCAAUACACGAUUCUUAAUUAUCUCAGUAAGCUGCCAAGGACCACUAAAAACGGUAUAAUAUCCUCGCAGAUUGACAAAAAGAUAAAUUCAUUGAAGUCAAACCCCCGGCUAGAAAAAAUUGCUACUCAACUUUCUGAACGAUGGGAUACGUUUGAAAUAUACCAACGGAUUGCUAAGAGAGAUCCUGCAGAUUCGAGCGCCAAUGGAAUUAGUAAUGUAACCGACUUUAGAAGAAUCAGAAUACCAGCGGGACAGGAAAACCAUGAAGGUGGAAAUUCCGUGAAUUUCACACAAAGACAACUUACGAGAGGCGAUCAGUCUAAUGACUUUCAUAAAUCAAAUUCUCCAAAUUCUAUUAAUUCAUCAAGAUCUAACGGAACUUUUUUUGAUCGCACCAAGAAAAGACCUUUGGACCCAGAUUUGUACGAGAAACGUAAAAGAAGAAGGAUGGAGUGGGAAAAACAGGAACUGGAGAAGAAGAAACAAGAAGAAGUCCGUUAUUUAAAGAAAAAACUGGAAAUAGAAAAGCAGAAAAAGUCAGAAUUACAACAAAUCAUAGAAGAGGCGAAUAAGCAAAAAGAACAAGAACUACAAGAGCGUCUGCAGAAAGAAAAGGAAGAGAUAGAGAGGAGAGAAAGGCGUAAACAGACGCAUUCUGUCAGUCGUAGUGAACAUAAAUGGAAUAAGUUUUUUGCAUCCUUAGUACCCAACUUAAUAAAGUCAUACGAAAGUGGGUUAGAUAGAGGACGUAUUAAGGAUUGUGCAAGAGAUAUUGUCAAAAUAUUAUCUAACAAAGAAUUAAAGAAAGAUCCAAACAAAGUGCCUCCAUCUGAGGUUACCAAAGAAAAGAAAAAGAAAGUGAAAGAAUUUUGUAAAAUCUACAUGGAUAAACUGGUUUUGAAAAUCCACCAAAAGCCCCCGUCAAAGUAA